AUGCUAACAGAUAGUCCAUCUUAUAAACGUUCCAACAAGGAGAACUCUCCAAAAUACUGCUCUGUUAUCAGACAAAGCAAUAUAUCUCAUAAGCUUAUCAAUGAAGUGUUAAACAGCGGAUCUGAUUAUCUCCAGGAUCAAUUGGAGUCGAUAGAUCGUAAAAUAAUCCAAUACCAAUGUAACAUCAAGUAGAAGAUAACAACUCUACUUGGUGAAUCGACAUGUUCCAUUGACUAAUAGGUAUAUCAAACCAAACUACAAGAUUUACGAAUGGAAGAACAAAAUUAUCAGUAAAUGCAAAGUGAUAUUGAUAAAUAAUAAUCUGUACUUUACGACUAUUACGAAACUGAAUUCAACAAACUCAAAUUACAAUAUGAACUGGUUACAUAAGAACAUCAGCAAUUCAAUAAAGAGAGAAGUGAAGUUAGCUAAACCUAUAAUUAAACCUUGGAAACCAAAGCCAUGUUAUAAGAAGAUUUGAAUGGAAAGCUAUUGUAACGAGCAGAGUUGGUGGGCUAGAAAGAAGAAUUAGAAGAGUUUGUUGAACAACUCAAAAAUGAGCAUCCUUAACUUACUGAAAUUGUUGAAUCAAUUUAUUAAUGUGAUCAAAAAGCCAAAAAUAUUGUUAAAAAUAUUAAUAAUAUUACUAAUCAGAUUUAAUCAUUAUAUUCUUAACAGGAUGAAAAAAAGAAAUAGCUAGCUUAAUUUCAUUAAACUACUUUACUUGAAGUUUAAGUACAUCAAUAAACCCAAAAAGUUAAAUCUUUAAGAAAUAAGAUUGUACCAAUUUAAAAAAGCUUGAAUUUAUAGCAUCCAGAUUCUAUUCUUAAUGAAUUUGUUUUGUAUUAUGGAAAUUCCCCCCUACAACUAGAGUCGAUUGAAUUUUAAACCAAACUCUCUACUUUUAUACAACAAUUUCGAAAUCACUUAUUUAAAUAAGGCAAUUAAGGAAAUAAUUGGGGAAGUAUGAAGGAGUUUGUGUUUUAAUUGGAACAAUUCAUUUUAGCUUCUUUAUCACAAAGAUUAAUUUAAUUUUAGCUAUCUGAUUUGAAACAUAACUUAAAAUAAUUUGGAGAUGAGUUAUUAUUAUCUAAUGAAGUUUGCACUAUUGAUUAUUAAGUAGAAGUGAAAAGACAAUAAAUUAGAGAAUUAGAAGAUGAAAAGUCUUCAAUCUUAUACAGAAGAGAGAUAUUAUAUGAUUAAUUUUAGGACAGAAUUAAUUAAUAAAGCGAGGCUGCUUUUCAAUAGUAUUAGGAUUAGAAUAAAGAAGAGCUUAAUAAUAUUUUAACUCAAUUUGGUAAUUCAGAAUAUAAAUCGAUACUUGAUUAGACUCUGAAGGAAAUGAAGUAAUUAAUGCAGGAUUAAGAAGAAGAAUAAUUUAAUAAUACUUAUAAGUUACUCUAAUAAUAUUAUCUCUAAGAUUUGGCAAUUAAAACUAAUAUCCAAAUUGUAGACUAAGAAAUAAUUCCACAAUUAAAGAAUAUUUCAUAAUCAAUAACUAAUGCAAAGAAAGAAUUCGAAAAAGUCAAUGGAAGCGAAAGACCUUACAUUGAACGUUAAAAUAAAAUAGAAUAAGACAUUGAAUAAUUAGAAUAAGAAUUCAAGAAGAAAAUUGAUCAUUUUAAUAGUUAGGAGGCAGAAUUAUAAAAAUACUUAAGUUCAAUAAAAUUAGCAAUUGAGAACACUUAAGAAUAAUUAUUGUCUAAGAAUAAACCUAAUAAGGCAUUGUUGGAGUAAGAAAUACUACAACUCAACAAUAUGUUGACUCAAUUAUAGGAGCAAAAGAAAUAAAUCGAAGCAUCGUAGUUUAGCAAAUCUCCUCAAAAGACUGAUGCAAGUAGAAGAAGUUCUAAUGGAGGUAUUUUGGCAAUUUCAAAAUCUUUAAACCAAUUUUAAAAAUUGCGCAAAGAGCCAAACCCAAAUAGUUUUAACAAUAGUGUUGUAAAAGGUAUAACACCUUCAAAAGAGUCAUCAAAUUUGUAUCAUGUUGCUAAAUAUCCAAAGCCAAAUUGCAAAUCUUCAUAGGAAUUACGUCUAAAAUCCAAUAUUUCCUUAAAAUCAAUAAAAUGA